CGCGCCGCUGGCACCCGCUCCGCCGCUGACACACGGUAGCGGGGACACCCGACGCCGCUAGCGACAGGCGCGUCCCAGAGGGGACGCUGCACUUGGGGACUCGGUGCGGCGCGACUGGCCCGAAGAGCAGAGUUCCAGGUUAAAUCUUCCUCCAUCAGAGCUUUCCUGAUCUCCUGUUCCAAAAUCACCUUGCCUUCUUAACUCUGGAAGAUAACAGGAAACAUUCAAACUGGAUUUUUAAUCGUUAGUAAGUCAGUGAGAGAUCAGAAGUUGCAGAAUGCAAUCCCGAGUAAAAAUCUCCAAAAGAAUUACUUCAAAUAACAGAGGAAAGAAAAUUGAACUACCACCUUAAAACCCUGGUCUAGAAAAACAUAUUACACAUGAUAGGAAGUUAUAACUGGAGAAAUUUAUUUGGCUCUUAAUGCACCUGAAUGAAAGGAAUUGUCACACUGUUUCUCAGGACUUGUAGAUCUGAGAUUAUUUUAAUAAUAAGUUGUUUUAUAAAAAUCUUGACAUGAUCAGCAGAGAGAAGAAACAGCAAUAGCUAAAACCUGUGUCUUGGUCAAGAUGACUUCUGAAGAAAUGGCAGCUUCUGUUCUCACACCUGUGACUCAGAGAAAGGUGACAUCGUCUCCGUCGGCUUUAGAUGAAAGUAGUGAAAAGGUCUCAGACGUCAGUGUUCUGAAGGCACAUAGUGUCAGGCAGAGUGGUCAGACUUCCACCAUCUCGCGACUGAACAAGCUUAAAGAAGAAUCCUCUGGAAGCAACUUGCCCAAGAUUGUCUCCAUAGCAAGGGAGAAGAUAAUGAGUGAUGAGAACAGCAAUGAGAAGUACUGGGAGGAAAGCAUGCCAGAUUCUGUGAAAAACCUCAAUAUUAACUGCAACAACGUACUGAAAAACAGCCAGUGCAGCCUUCCUCAGAGCCAGUGUUAUGACACGUGCGAUUCUGUCAUGGAGGAAGGCCUGUGUUUGGAAACUGGAAUCCCAUCCUCACUGGAAAGAAAGGUGUUCCCUGGAAUUCAACUGGAAGUGGAUGGACCUCCCAUGGACAUUAGUCCCUUAGGAAAUCAGUCGGCCAUCAUAGAGAGCGGCCGGGCACACCCUGACGGCAGCAUGGCAGCAUUUCACUUUCAUUAUGAAGUUGACAGAAGAAUGUCAGACACUUUCUGUACCUUGUCAGACAACCUGAUUUUGGAUGAUUGUGGUAACUGUGUACCACUGCCUGGUGUUCAUGGGGAGCGACAGAAAAAUUAUAUGGCAUAUACUUGUAAACUCAUGGAAAUGGCAGAAAACUGUGAUAAUAAGAAUGGGCAGCUGCAGUGUGAUCAUUGUGACGCCUUAAACGACAGAUACUUGUGCUUCGAAGCUUCUUGCCAAAGGCCUGAUGCGGUGUGUUCAAGUGACAGCUUUUGCAGGGAGGACUUUACUAACAGUCCACCUGCCAAGACCUUUCUGAGCCAUUUUGAGGACUUCCCUGAUAGUUGUGAAGAUGUAGAAGAAGAUUUUUUUAAGAGCAAAAAGGAGAGGUCCACUUUGUUAGUGAGAAGAUUUUGUAAAAAUGACAGGGAAGUAAAGAAAUCUGUAUAUACUGGGACAAGGGCGAUCAUGAGAACUCUGCCUUCUGGUCACAUUGGGCUGGGAGCUUACAGUUACAUUGAUCAGAAGAGAAGUGGUCUCCUGCUGCCCUGUGGGAGAGUUCUGGAACGGCGGUCAGCGGUGGCAGUUAGGGAAGAUGGGAGCUGGUGCCUGUCAGAAGCUCAGUGGUAUUCGAUCUACAAUGCAGUGAGAAGGAGAGAAGAAAUAGAAAAUACAAUUGGAUCUCUUCUUCAUUUCUUCACAAAGCUCCCAGCCUCCGAAACAGCCCAUGAAAGGAUUAGGGUUGGUCCGUGCUUAAAGCAAUGUGUCCGAGAUACCAUAUGUGAGUACCGUGCCACCCUCCAGAGGACGUCCAUAUCUCAGUACAUCGCGGGUUCUCUGCUAGAAGCAACCACAUCUUUAGGAGCAAGAAGUGGCCUACUCAGUACCUUUGGAGGAUCCACCGGACGAAUGAUGCUAAAAGAACGUCAGCCAGGCACCUCCAUGGCCAAUUCUAGUGCCCUCCCUUCAAGUUCAGCUGGGAUCAGCAAGGAGCUGAUUGAUCUGCAGCCCCUCAUUCAGUUCCCAGAGGAAGUCGCCAGCAUCCUGAUGGAGCAGGAGCAGAACAUUUACCGAAGGGUCUUGCCAGUUGACUACCUUUGCUUCUUGACCCGGGACUUGGGCUCUCCAGAAUGCCAGACAUCCCUGCCCUGCCUCAAAGCGUCCAUCUCAGCAUCAAUUCUUAACUCCCAGAACGGAGAACACAAUGCCCUGGAAGAUCUUGUGAUGAGAUUUAAUGAGGUGAGCUCCUGGGUAACGUGGCUGAUCCUCACGGCGGGCUCCAUGGAGGAGAAGCGAGAAGUCUUCUCCUAUUUAGUGCACGUGGCCAAAUGCUGCUGGAACAUGGGCAACUACAAUGCUGUCAUGGAGUUCUUGGCCGGCCUCAGGUCAAGAAAAGUUUUAAAAAUGUGGCAGUUUAUGGACCAGUCUGACCUAGAGACCAUGAGGAGCCUGAAGGAUGCCAUGGCUCAGCACGAAUCUUCCUGCGAGUACAAGAAGGUGGUCACGCGGGCUCUGCACAUACCUGGCUGUAAGGUGGUUCCGUUCUGUGGGGUGUUUCUGAAGGAGCUCUGUGAAGUACUGGACGGAGCCUCCGGCCUCAUGAAGCUUUGCCCGAGGUACAAUUCCCAAGAAGAAACUCUAGAGUUUGUAGCCGAUUACAGUGGACAAGAUCAUUUCUUACAACGAGUGGGACAUAAUGGCUUAAAGAAUUCGGAGAAGGAGUCCACAGUCAACAGCAUCUUUCAGAUCAUCAGGAGCUGCAGCCGAAGUCUGGAGGCCGAGGAGGAGGACAGCCCCAGUGAAGGAAACAGCUCCAGGAAAAAUUCCUUAAGGGAUAAAGCCCGAUGGCAGUUUAUCAUUGGAGACCUGUUAGAUUCUGAAAAUGACAUCUUUGAGAAAUCCAAAGAAUGGGACGCUCACGGAUCAGAAGAGCCACAGAAGGCCUUUGACCAUGGGACAGAGCUAAUCCCAUGGUACGUGCUGUCCAUCCGAGCCGAUGUGCACCAGUUCCUGCUGCAGGGGGCCACUGUCAUCCACUAUGACCAGGACACGCACCUCUCUGCCCGAUGCUUCCUCCAGCUUCAGCCUGACAACAGCACCUUGACCUGGACAAAGCCCACCACUGCUUCCCUGGCCAGUGCUAAAGCAAAACUCGGUGUGCUUAGUAACACGUCUGAGCCUGGCAAAUUCCCGUUACUGGGCAAUGCUGGACUAAGUGGCCUGGCAGAGGGGGUCUUGGAUCUGUUCUCAGCAAAAGCUGUGUACAUGGGACACCCUAGCAUCGAUAUACACACUGUGUGUGUUCAGAACAAACUGGGUAGCAUGUUUCUCUCAGAGACUGGCGUGACGCUGCUCUAUGGGCUCCAGACCACGGACAAUAGAUUAUUGCACUUUGUGGCACCCAGGCACACAGCUAAGAUGCUCUUCAGUGGAUUGCUGGAACUCACGAGAGCCGUGAGGAAGAUGAGGAAGUUCCCUGACCAGAGACAGCAGUGGCUGCGGAAACAGUACGUCAGCCUCUAUCAGGAAGAUGGACGGUACGAAGGCCCAACUUUGGCUCACGCCGUGGAGUUGUUUGGUGGCAGGCGGUGGAGUACACGAAACCCCAGCCCCGGGACAUCAGCAAAGAGUGCCGAGAAGCCCAAUGUGCAGAGAAACAACACCUUGGGCAUAAGCACUACCAAGAAAAAGAAGAAAAUCCUUAUAAGGGGUGAGAGCGGAGAGGCAGCCGACGAUGAGAUGGCCACCCGAAAAGCCAAAAUGCACAGAGAGUGUCGCAGCCGGAGUGGUUCUGACCCUCAAGAUAUGAAUGAACAAGAAGAAUCAGAGGCAAAUGCCAUCAUGAGCCCUCCUAACACUCUGCCUUCCAGAAGAGCCCACUCUUUGACCACGGCUGGGUCCCCUAACUUGUCUGCCGGGACAUCAUCUCCCAACAGGCCAGUGUCUUCCCCUGUGCUGUCUUCUUCAAACAAGAGCCCGUCCAGUGCUUGGAGCAGCAGCAGCUGGCACGGGAGGAUCAAAGGCGGAAUGAAAGGUUUCCAGAGCUUCAUGGUUUCAGACAGUAACAUGAGCUUUGUUGAAUUCGUUGAGCUGUUCAAAUCAUUCAGUGUGAGGAGCCGCAAGGACCUGAAGGACCUCUUCGACGUCUACGCCGUGCCCUGCAACCGAGCCGGCUCCGAGUCGGUGCCACUCUACACCAACCUAACAAUUGACGAAAACACCAGCGAUCUUCAGCCUGACCUAGAUUUAUUGACCAGAAACGUCUCGGAUUUGGGGUUGUUCAUUAAGAGUAAACAGCAGCUGUCAGACAACCAGAGGCAGAUAUCUGAUGCCAUUGCUGCUGCAAGUAUCGUGACAAACGGCACUGGGGUCGAGAGCACAUCCUUGGGCGUGUUUGGGGUUGGCAUCCUCCAGCUCAAUGACUUCCUAGUGAACUGCCAAGGAGAACACUGCACUUAUGAUGAAAUCCUCAGCAUCAUCCAGAAGUUCGAGCCUAGCGUUAGUAUGUGUCAUCAGGGCCUACUGUCAUUUGAAGGAUUUGCAAGGUUUCUGAUGGAUAAAGAUAAUUUCGCCUCCAAAAAUGAUGAGUCACAGGAAAACAUUAAAGAACUACAGCUGCCCCUCUCCUACUAUUACAUUGAAUCUUCACACAAUACCUACCUCACAGGCCACCAGCUCAAAGGAGAGUCCUCAGUAGAACUCUACAGCCAGGUCCUCCUGCAAGGCUGUAGGAGCGUAGAGCUGGAUUGUUGGGAUGGAGACGACGGGUUGCCCAUCAUCUAUCAUGGACACACGCUGACAACCAAGAUCCCCUUCAAGGAGGUGGUUGAAGCCAUUGAACGCAGUGCCUUUGUCAACUCUGACCUGCCCAUCAUCAUAUCGAUUGAGAACCACUGCUCAUUGCCUCAGCAACGAAAAAUGGCAGAAAUUUUCAAGAGUGUGUUUGGAGAAAAACUGGUGGCUAAGUUCCUGUUUGAGAGUGAUUUCUCAGAUGACCCAAUGCUUCCCUCACCCGACCAACUUAGGAGGAAAGUGCUCCUUAAAAAUAAGAAGCUAAAAGCCCACCAAACACCAGUGGAUAUCUUAAAGCAAAAGGCUCAUCAGUUAGCAUCCAUGCAAGCUCAGGCUUACAAUGGUGGGAAUGCCAACCCCCCACCGGCUAAUAACGAGGAAGAGGAGGAUGAAGAAGACGAAUAUGAUUAUGACUAUGAAUCCCUGUCUGAUGCAGAUGUCCUUACUGCUUCUCCUGCUCCUAACAGUCAGGAAGACAACAUUCUAGAAGACAGACCUGAAAAUAAAUCAUGUAAUGACAAGCUUCAGUUUGAGUAUAAUGAAGAAAUCCCCAAGAGGAUAAAGAAAGCAGAUAACUCUGCUUGCAACAAAGGAAAGGUUUAUGACAUGGAACUGGGAGAAGAAUUUUAUCUCCCUCAGAAUAAAAAGGAAAGCAGACAGAUUGCACCAGAGCUCUCUGACCUUGUCAUCUAUUGUCAAGCAGUAAAAUUUCCAGGCCUGUCAACUCUAAAUGCAUCUGGCUCUAGCAGAGGAAAAGAAAGGAAAAGCAGGAAGUCCAUUUUUGGCAACAAUCCGGGCAGAAUGAGCCCUGGGGAGACAGCAUCGUUUAACAAAGCAUCUGGAAAAAGUUCCUGUGAAGGAAUGCGACAGGCCUGGGAGGAAUCUUCUUCCCCCCUCAACCCAACCACAUCCCUCAGCGCUAUCAUUAGAACUCCCAAAUGUUACCAUAUCUCCUCGCUGAAUGAAAAUGCCGCCAAACGUCUGUGUCGCAGGUAUUCUCAGAAACUGAUCCAGCACACCGCCUGUCAGCUGCUGAGGACUUACCCGGCUGCCACUCGCAUCGACUCCUCCAACCCCAAUCCCCUCAUGUUCUGGCUCCAUGGGAUACAGCUCGUGGCGCUCAACUACCAGACAGAUGAUCUCCCUUUACACUUAAAUGCUGCCAUGUUUGAAGCCAACGGUGGGUGUGGUUAUGUUUUGAAACCCCCAGUUCUGUGGGACAAGAACUGUCCCAUGUAUCAGAAGUUCUCUCCCUUAGAAAGAGAUCUGGACAACAUGGAGCCUGCCAUCUACUCCUUAACUAUUGUCUCUGGUCAAAACGUGUGCCCGAGUAGCAGCACAGGAAGCCCGUGUAUCGAAGUCGAUGUGCUGGGCAUGCCCCUGGACAGCUGCCAUUUCCGCACAAAGCCCAUCCACCGGAACACUCUGAACCCCAUGUGGAAUGAACAGUUUCUCUUCCGGGUUCACUUUGAAGAUCUCGUAUUUCUUCGUUUUGCCGUUGUGGAAAACAACAGCUCAGCUGUAACUGCUCAGAGAAUCAUCCCACUCAAGGCUUUAAAACGAGGAUAUCGACAUCUUCAGCUGCGAAAUCUCCACAACGAAGUCUUGGAAAUCUCUAGUUUAUUCAUAAACAGUAGGAGGAUGGAAGAAAAUUCCUCCAGCAGCACCACGCCGGCCUCUUUGAUGUUUAAUUCAGAAGAAAGAAAAUGUUUGCAGGCUCACAGAGUCACGGUGCAUGGGGUCCCAGGUCCAGAGCCCUUUACUGUUUUCUCCAUAAGUGGAGGCACCAAAGCAAAGCAGCUUCUCCAACAAAUUCUGACCACUGAACAAGACACCAAACCUAUCAUCACAGACUAUUUUUUGAUGGAAGAAAAAUAUUUUAUAUCUAAAGAAAAGAAUGAAUGCAGGAAACAACCGUUCCAGAGAGUCAUUGGUCCAGAGGAAGAGAUUAUGCAGAUUUUAAGCAGCUGGUUUCCAGAGGAAGGAUAUGUUGGCAGGAUUGUCUUAAAAACCCAGCAGGAAAACCUAGAAGAGAAAAGCAUUGUUCAAGAUGACAAAGAGGUGACCUUGAGCUCAGAGGAGGAGAGUUUCUUUGUUCAAGUGCACGAUGUUUCUCCAGAGCAACCUCGAACGGUCAUCAAAGCACCCCGUGUCAGCACCGCACAGGACGUCAUUCAGCAGACCUUAUGCAAAGCAAAGUAUUCCUACAGCAUCCUGAGCAAUCCCAACCCAAGUGACUAUGUGCUCUUGGAAGAGGUGGUAAAAGACACGACCAAGAAGUCUUCCACCCCAAAGUCCUCCCAGCGGGUCCUUUUGGAUCAGGAGUGUGUGUUUCAAGCCCAAAGCAAGUGGAAAGGGGCAGGAAAAUUCAUCCUUAAGCUAAAGGAGCAGGUGCAGGCAUCUCGAGAAGACAAAAGGAAAGGCAUUUCUUUUGCAAGUGAAUUUAAGAAGUUCACCAAGUCAACUAAACAACCCCGAGGACUUGCAUCACCUUCUCAGGUCUUGGCCUCAGAAGGUGUCCAAAACAAGGAGGAGAAACCUAUGGGCAGCUUGUCCUCCAGUGACACCAUGGACUAUCGACAAUAACCAAGGUGAAGACCUUUUGGUAAGAAGUUAAAGUCAAGAGUGAACAUGGUGGAAACAAAUACAAUUUGCUUAUUUUCAUUAGACUUAAACUGGAAAUUGAGGAUUUCUGAACCGAAGCCUUCUUGACACAUGAUGUGAGGUCCAUGCUGAGGACAAGCAAAAUGGCAAGGGCUACCUACCAACCAAUUCCUGAUGAAUGCAACAAUGCAGCCCAGGAGAUUGCCACUUUGCAAAUGUCAGCAGUUGGGAAAAAAACAUUGCUAAGCUCGCAAUAACUGACUUAGAACAAGGGUCAGCAAACUUUGUCCAUAAAAGGCCAGAUGGUAAACAUUUUAGGCUUUAUGGGCCAUAUGGUCUCUGUAGCAAUUACUCAGCUCGGCUGUUACAGUGCAAAAGCAGCCAUAGAUGAUCUAUACGUGAAUGAGCAUGGCUGUAUUCCAAUGAAACUUUACAGACACUGAAAUCACAAUUUCACAUAAUUUUCACAUCACAAAUAAUCCUCUUUGGGGUUUUUUCCAAUCAGUUAAAAAUGUAAAAGCUAUUCUUAGUUUAAGAGCCAUACAAACACUGGCGGCAGGCUAGAUCUGGCCCAGGGCCAUAGUUUGCUGACCUGACUUAGAAAACUGGCAACAAGAACCACAGAGGUCUGAAAACAAGCGAGGUUAGUCAUACAGUUCAUGGCGGACAAUUGGAAACUUUAGGGCAUUGCGAGUGUAAAUAUGUCCUGUGAGAUUCAUCACAAAGUAAUUUGAUUUAGUUUCUAUAUUGUGCACCAUAGUGGACUCUUCUUUACCAUUUCUUUUUACAUACAGAAUGAUGUUGGGUUUUUUUUAAGUUUAUUGCUUAUGUAUUAUUCACAGAUUAUUCCACUUUUGGUUUUCACAAAUUGAAUUUAGAAUGAUGUACAAAUUAGUAUCUUCUGAGCUGUGACAUCUUAACAAAAAAUUUAACAUUUCUUAAAGUAAAAGUAGACUGAGUUGGUGUUCAAAUUUAUUUAUUUUGCAAGGUUUGUACUGACACUGUACUUAUAUAUUUAUUAUACAUCGCUUUCUUGAUAUUGCUUAUAGAUUUAGAAGUAUUAGUGGUUCUAGCUCACUAUUUGAAGACAAAUCUCCUAAAAAAAAAAAAAAAGAAAAAAAGUACGCUCUGAAUACCUGACAUGGGCCAGAAUUUCAUGCAAAAAAAAAGCCUCAUUUUCAUUUCUAAUUGAAGAGCUAUUGAUCCAAGUCAUAACUGCCACUCAAGGUAAAUUAUCUUUAAAAUCUUACUGCAUAAAACUAUAAUGUAAGUAUAAAAGAUUUUUACUCUCAGUAUGAAGCAAAUUAUGACUUUUAAAAUGCAAUGUGUGCCCCUCUGAAGCAAAAUCCAAAUUUUAUCUUUCUGCUGAUAUUAAAUUUUUUUCUUCAAAUUAUAAAACAAAGUCCUAACCUUUUGAGAAGUUCUUUUUAUGCCAAUUGUAAAAAUGAAUAACACGGUCCCCAGUUCUUUGCAUACUCUAAAAUCAGAAGCGUUAAAAGUAUACCACACAGGGGCGCCUUGGGUGGCUCAGUCAGUUCAGCAUCUGCCUUUGGCUCAGGUCAUGUUCUCACGGGUUGUGACUUCGAGCCCCACAUUAGGCUCCGUGCUGACAGUGCAGAGCUUGCUUGGGAUUCUCUCCCUCUCCCCUCUCUCUGCCCCUCCCCUACUUGCUCGCACUCUCUCUCUCUCUCUCUCAAAAUAAAAAAAAAAAAAAAAUCACACCAUACAGCUUUCACAUUAUUGGAAGUUCGUACUCAAAGCGUUAAUGCUAGAGCAGUGACCACUUGCUUGUCGACAGAAUUCAGGCUAUUCCAGUUUGAUGGAGUUUGCACAGUGCUACAGGUUUCUUUUCAAAUAAUCUAUAAUAAAUGCACAGUACUGCCCAUUAAAAAAAAAAAAAAACAUUCCAGAAACACGUUAUCAUGCUUCUAUAAAUCUGGCAUCUUUUCUUCUGGUUUGGCAUACCGUGUAUUGCAAACUGAAUUACUGGCCUAACUGGCUAGAGUCAAAAUGAAAACCCAUGCAGAGAUGAGAUGACUGGUCUCUCUAGGUUUUAUCACUUGGCCUUGAUUCUAAGCUCCAGUCCCACCUCACCCCCAUCUUUAACAUAGUUCAUUUGGCUGCAGAACAGAAUCGGCAACUUCCUGAGACUGAAGUGAGACCACGUCUCACAAGUGAAUAUAUUGCCUGUACUGAACCCUACUUGAUUGUUCAGUUCCUUUUGAGGUGAAAGCACAUCCUCUAUUUGAGUCUUUGGGACUUCAGGAAGGACACAUUGCUCAAAACGUAAAGCAUCUGUUCUAUUACAACUAACCAAAACAACCUGGUGUUUGCCGAAAAUACAAAGUUUUUUAGUUUAUCUGAACCAUAGAGUUAUGAUGGCAUACCAAAUGAAAGAAAUUACCCUAUUUAGAAUGAAUCAAAAAUGGCCACCCAGACUGUACCCAUUAACACUUCAUACUUUCCAUACUACUAAAAAUCUGGGUAGCAAACUUUUAUCAGUAAGUUGAUAUGGAAAGGAAUCUAAAUAGGAGCUCCUGGGUGGCUCGGUUAGUUAAGUGGCCAACUUUGGCUCAGGUCGUGAUCUCGCAGUAUCUCUCUUUGUGGGUUCGAGCCCCAGGUCAGGCUCUGUGCAGACAGCUCAGAGCCUGGAGCCUGCUUCGGAUUCUGUGCCUCCCUCUCUCUGCCCCUACCCUGCUCGUGUGCGUAUGCUCUCUCUCUCUCAACAUAAUAAACAUUAAAAAGAAAAAAAGAACCUAUUUAUGCAGGUUAGGUUUAUUACAAAGUUUGGAGGAAAAGUAUUUGAAGACGCUUCACUAAAAGCAGAGGAACAUGAGUUGUGUUACUCUGUAUGGUGAUGCCAGCUUUACAGAAUAUACAGAGCUGAUGAGAAAGGAUUAGGUAAGAAUCCAACUUGAUCAGUGAUGCUGAAAGAAAUAGACUAACUUCCUCUCGGUCACCUGUUCAUCUGCAAUUGGUUGUUUUACAAAAUAAUAGAAGGUUACAUGAGGUUGUUAAGGAAGCCAGGGUAAGUUUGAGGGCAAAUUUGUAGGAAGUAACAAUACUAUUUGGGCAGAAAGUGCCCUCUUGAGGGAACCUUCUUUUCAUGUCAUCCUUUGCAAGUAAGUUAUUUACAAAUUCUCCAGUUGGGGGUAUAUAGUUGCAGCUACAAGUGAGUUACAGUGCCUGUUUUUAAUUAAAGUUACUUUCUUACAAAGGUCUCCCAUCUCAAUGGCUCCGGAAACACUGGAGGCUCUUUAAUGAAGCGGGCCCCCUGCUGCCACACACCCACUCCUUCCUCAAACUACAUCUUCCCCUUCCUCUGCUCUCCCUCCCUAACCAGUACCUCUGCAGAUCUGUCCUCCUCUGCCUGGACAACCAUAGGCCUUGCUUAAUUCUGACAAGUAACAGAGAUUGCAUUCUGCCUGGAAAAAACUGAAUUGACUUGCCCACACGAUACUCCACAACUCGGCCACACCAAGAGAAGAGUAGGAUCUUCCUGGCUGGUGUCGGAUCUCCAACUAGGCAGAGUGGGAGGCAGCCCACAGCCUACGUGCUCUCCAGACGGCUGCCUCGGACCCCUCGCAGUUGCUUCUCUUACAUGAGCGUCAAAGUGACAAGAGGUGAACACCUGGACCCUCCGGAAAGUUAUUAGAAAACAAAGAUUGCCUCUUACACCAAGUCCAGCACCCAUGAUAUGGGGCACUGUCAACAAUUUAUGUAUUCUUGGCCAUCUCUAAGUAUCAACUUCCUGAAAGGAAUCUUUGGCUGAUGGCUAAGGAUUUGGACAUGGGAUGACCUGAAAUGAGUGUUUUUGAAAUACUGACUCUCCAUGAUUACCAAGCUACUCAUUCAUAUACAUCUCUUAGAUCCAAAAUAUACUAUGCUCAAGCAGACCAUCAAGCAGGUCUCUGAAACCUUUCCUAAGUCUCUGAACUUUGAAAUAAUUCACUCUGACACUGAAUUGGGUAAUGUUGCAUUUUUUUUCAUGUUGUGUGAAUGAUCUGACUUAACAUGCAGGACCAUGGAAGACUGAAGCUGUGUCUUACACUCGUUAUUAUCCCACUUCACUUUUAAGUGCUUAGCACAGUGCUAAGCACAUAGUAGGUGCUCGAUAUUGGUCUAGUUAAAAAUAUAUUAAGGCUGUAAGCUUGUUAUAGCCUCAGGAUGUGUGUGUGUGUGUGUAUGUUACUAUGAUAUUCAGUUCUGAAAAUGAAACUCAUCAACACAGGCCAUGAAAGUUUAUGCACAAAUAGAUUUCAUUCUCAAAUUCAUAAAGGGUAUUCAAAUACUAGAUGUGUAAUUUUAUGGUCCCACUGUGAUUCUCUGUAUGUGUAACUACAAAGUUAAAAGCAUAAUACAAGUGUGAAAUAGUUCAUGAAUUUCUACUUCAAAAUUGAUUUUUCACCUAAACUAGUUUUUCCUGCCAAAGUGAAAUAUAAAUGUAUUUGUAUAUGUUUGGAAAAUAAAUGAUUUGUGACAUGCA